GGAGAUAAUAAGAGGUGAAUUGCACAUCCUUUCAGCAGCCUUCUGUUAAACUUGGAAUAGCACAGCUCAAGCAAUUGAACAGAUGGAUAAUGGAGACUGGGGAUAUAUGAUGACUGAUCCAGUCACGCUAAAUGUGGGUGGACACAUGUAUACGACAUCCCUCACAACUCUAACGAGAUAUCCCGACUCAAUGCUUGGGGCCAUGUUCAGGGGAGACUUCCCCACUGCCAGGGACUCUCAGGGCAAUUACUUUAUUGACAGAGAUGGACCACUUUUCCGUUAUGUUCUUAACUUUUUAAGGACCUCAGAGCUCACUUUGCCACUGGACUUCAAGGAGUUCGACCUACUUCGGAAGGAGGCGGACUUCUAUCAGAUCGAACCGCUCAUUCAGUGUCUUAAUGACCCCAAGCCGCUGUAUCCCGUGGAUACCUUUGAGGAGGUGGUGGAGCUGUCCAGCACCCGGAAGCUUUCCAAGUACUCCAACCCGGUGGCUGUAAUCAUCACACAGCUCACUAUCACGACAAAAGUCCAUUCGUUACUGGAAGGCAUUUCAAACCACUUCACCAAGUGGAAUAAACACAUGAUGGACACCAGGGACUGCCAGGUUUCCUUCACUUUUGGGCCAUGCGAUUACCACCAGGAAGUGUCGCUCCGAGUCCAUCUGAUGGAGUACAUCACAAAGCAAGGCUUCACGAUCAGGAAUACCAGAGUUCAUCAUAUGAGCGAGCGCGCCAAUGAAAACACAGUGGAGCAUAACUGGACUUUCUGUAGACUGGCACGGAAAACAGAUGACUGAUUCUGACUCCGCAGGAGCCACUUCAGUGAUUAGCAACUUAAUUGGACAGUAAAACCAAGAGAGUCUGGAUUUUGACUAAAGCAACAAUGUGGGCUUUUUUUUUUAUAUGACUAUUUAUUGUUUAUCAGUAAGGACUGGAGGAGUUCCGUUCUCUAGCAGCUCUGUCCUUUUGUCCUGUUCAGAAAAAAAACAAACAUGCAUGUGCCUGUUCAGUCAAGACACCUUUUUGUUUGAAAGGGGGAGUCUGAAGAAUUAGUACAAUAGGGUAUUUUGUGUCACUAACACAAUUCUCUGAUGCAACUUAAAGUGCUAAAAUUACCUCCGUUUAAAUGGUUUCUAAUCCGUCUAAUGCUACGACACUGGGAGCAAGAAACAAAAAGAGUUUAAGAUGCAGUUGGGGGAAAGCUGCUAUCAUGUAGACUAAUUUAGUUUCUAAAUCAAUAAACAGUAUUGUAAUAUUCUAGGAAAACAAAUCCCACCCUUUAAAAGUACUUGAUAAGUACAGUUCCUUACAGUUAUGACAACUGUUUCUUUCUAUGCAUAUAAAUCAAGCAACCAAAUAUUAUCUGUAGCCAUGGAAAUAUGAUUAGAAAUAUUUAUAUUGGAUUCUAAAUGCAAAAUGUCCC